AUGAUCACUUUCGGUUCUAUCAAGAAACGAGAACCUAUGAACUACACGGGCCAGCAUGGUCGAAAUCAUUAUAUAGUCGAUCAUGCUGGCUCCUCGGCUGUUAAGAUGAAUUUUAUCUUCAGUCCAUGCAAGGCAGAGCUUCAGCAAGAAGGUGGAAUACAUUACAGAGAACAAAGUGAGAAAACCACUGUUCUUGUGAUAUUUGGUUUUUCUGCUGCUAAGCAGCCCAGUCCAAAGAAGAUGGAAGACGACAUAGUCUUGGAGAAAUUAAAUUAUACAGAAGUAACAACUUUCAUCAUUGCUGGAUUCACAGGUACCAAGAAGUUACAAGUUAUAUACUUCAUAAUAUUCCUUCUCAUUUAUCUCCUUACUCUUUCGGGAAACAUCAUCCUGCUCAUCACACUAAAGACAGAGUCAAGUCUCCACACACCUAUGUACUUCUUCCUGAGCAACCUUGCUGUCCUGGAGAUUGGUUAUACCUCAGUCACUCUCCCUAAACUUCUAGCAAUAUCCUUAGGAAGAGCUAAGGCUAUCUCUCUUACAGCAUGUCUUGCACAGUCAUAUUUCUUCUUCUUUCUGGGUUCCACAGAGUGUUUCCUACUUGCUGUCAUGGCUUAUGAUCGUUAUGUGGCCAUAUGCAACCCACUGAGAUACCCAAUACUGAUGUGCAACAAAAUAUGUGUCUACUUAGCCUUAGGUUCCUGGGUGACUGGAUUCCUAAAUCCUUGCCCAUCUACCAUCUUAGUUAGCAGGCUGCACUUCUGUGGCAACAUCAUCAACCAUUUCUUCUGUGAUGUCCCACCACUGCUCAGCCUGUCAUGUACUAACACCUACAUCAGCAGAACCAUCAUCUUCAUCAAUUCAGCAGUCAUAGUAUUAGGCACUUUUCUGUUGACCAUGCUUUCUUAUGCCUGCAUCCUGGCAACCCUUCUGAGAAUGUCUUCAACAAAGGGACGGCAGAAGGCCUUUUCCACCUGCACUGCCCACCUGACUGUAGUAACACUCUACUAUGGAACAGUAAUCUUCAUAUAUGUCAACCCUGCAGGCCAGCACUCAAUGGAAACUAACAAGGUGGUCUCUUUUAUCUAUAGUGUGGUAACCCCUAUGCUCAACCCAGUCAUCUACAGUCUGAGAAAUGAAGAUGUCAAAAAAGCUUUGGAAAAAAUGAUUUUUAGGAGAUUCUGUCUUGGAAAACAAACAUCUCAGAUACAGAAGCAUGGGUUUAGCGGAGGUUAA